AUGGAUGACAUCCACCUCUUCCCCCUCCCUGCCAUCGGUUCUCUGUUCAUCAUUGGGACUUCCUCUUAUCCUAAUGGUUCCUGUGAUGGCUACACGGCUCUGGAUGAGCCUCGGCGUAACUAUGUCUUCAGCUCUUCCUCUGUCCCCGGCUACCCCAUCAAUACCGACAUACAGCGAACAAACAUAUGGGUGCGCUACGUCGGGAUCGGAGGGGACACCGUCAUUCCACAAUGUGCUCCACUCUAUUACAGCGGGGUAUAUUAUCCCAUCCAUCUGACCUUUACACAUCCUCAGUCUGAGUCUGAGACUCCAACUACGGGCAACGCGUGUGGAAACACAGGUUCCUGUUGUAAUUACAAUGUAGCUAUUCAAGUGAUCUACUGCUCUUCUGGAGGGUUCUAUGUGUACAGGCAGAUGAACAACCACCCAGUCAACUACAUGGGUUAUGUGACAUACCAUAGGAACUGUGUGGCAGACUCCUGCGGUCCACUUGCAGAGUGUAGUACAACCAAAAAUGGAGGCUGUCAAUGUGUCUCUGGAUACAAGAUACCUCCAAAACAUCUACCCACAAACGAAUCCUACGGUUGCCAAGAUAUCAAUGAGUGUGAAGAGACCGCUAAUCUCUGCGGUCCACAUUCCAACUGUACUAAUUCACCAGGAGUCUACAACUGUAGCUGUCUAGAGGGGUUUGUACCCUCAGACCCAGCCUUGGCACUCAACCCAACCCGCAACCCCUGCACAGAUGUGAAUGAGUGUGUGGAGAGUGAGAAGGUUUGUGGUGGUUUUGGUAAAUGUACAAACACACCAGGAAAUUACACCUGCACCUGUUACAAUGGAUACAAGCCUGACGGACCCUUCGACUGCCAAGAUAUUGAUGAGUGUCUGAACAAAACCGUGUGUGGUCCCGAUGCCAACUGUACCAACUCUUAUGCAGCACACAGCUGUACCUGCCUCUUUGGUUACCUGCUCACCAGCCCAGAUGCCAUAGCCAGCCCCUUAAACCCAUGCCUAGACAUAGAUGAGUGUGCUAACACCCCUGGUCUAUGUGGUCUCCACUCUGUGUGUACCAAUGCACCAGGGACCUUCCACUGUUCCUGUGUGGAAGGAUACUUCUCCUCCACUGGAGUACUGUGGGAAACUGACGUCACUGUGUGUGAAAGUGUUGAUGAUGUUCUAGCCGCCAUAGUUCCCCCAGAGGGCCAGUCUAAGGAGAUGUACUUCCUCAACCAGAUGAACCAACAGCUGAUGGAGAACCCUGACAUUGUCCUACCAGAGGGGGUCAGUACAGCAACCUUUACAUCUGACAUUAGUCUGCAGGUAAUGGAGGCCAACAGUACAGACACCUCUUCCCUCUCAGCCAGGGGAAACACCAUGGACAUCAACCUAAAGGCUCUGGCCAGAAACAAUAAUGGUACAGCAUCAGCAGUAUUCCUGACAGUCAGUGGGAUGGAGAGCCUUCUGGGUGCUAGCUUCUUGCAGACAGAAAACCACACAGAGAUGUUGUCUGAUGUCAUCACCGCCACACUGCCCAAGAUCAACCACACCCAGCUCUCUGAGCCUGUCAACUUCACCAUGAGCCACAAGAGGAGGUUGGCUGAGCCUGGCCUGAUGACCUGUGUGUACUGGGAGGACAGAGGAAUGGAAUAUGAAAAUGGAACCAAGGGGAGGCAUUGGUCAGUGAACGGCUGUUGGGUUGUGUUCUAUGAUGAGAACUACACAGUGUGUAGCUGCUCUCACCUCUCCACCUUUGCCCUCAUCAUGCAGACAGGGGAGACUGUGUCGGAGGACAAUCCCUUCCUAGAGUGGGUGAACAGAAUGUGUGUGAUCGUGGGCCUGGUCUUCUUUGCUCUGGCCAUCCUCACCUUCCUGCUGUGUAGCUGGAACCCUAAGAUCAACAACACAGCCCGCCUCCACCUCUGCCUCUGCCUCUUCCUGUCCCAUCUGCUGCUGCUAUUGGAUUACACCUACCUCACUCACAAGCUGGUGUGCUCCAUCAUGGCAGGUCUCCUCCACUUCCUGGUAGUGGCCAGUUUCCUGUGGAUGCUGCUGGAGGCGCUCCAGCUCUAUCUGCUGGUCCAGAGACUCUCUAGGAUCCAGGUCAUCCAGAGGGAAGGCCUCCAGAAGAAAUACCUCUUCCUGAUUGGCUAUGGCAUCCCCCUGGUGAUCGUGGGUGUGUCUGCAGCUGUGAAACGUGACGGCUAUGGGGGAUCUAAAGUAUGCUGGCUGAAGCCAGAACAAUACUUUACCUGGGCUGUGUUAGGGCCAGUGUGUACUGUCCUAGCACUGAACUGGAUAUUGUUCUGCGUUACAAUCUGGAGUUUGAGACCUACCUUGGCUAACAUGAAGAGUGAUGUCUCACAGUCCAAAGACACCAGACUGAUCAUCUUUAAGAUCCUGGCACAGUUUGUGAUCCUGGGUUGUACCUGGGUGCUGGGCUUGUUCCAGUCCACCAUGGUCUUCAAGUACCUCUUCAUCGUGCUCAACUCCCAGCAGGGCACCUUCCUCUACAUCGUUCACUGUCUCUUCAACAAGGAGGUACGUGAUGAGUACAGGAAGUGGCUGGGCUGUUCUUCCAGCUCCUCUACUCCAGACUCUAUGAAAGAAGCACCUUCCGUCUCUGAAGACCUGGACAAGGCUGGUGAAGAGAGACAAAACAAAGGAACACGGCCAGGAUGAGAGCAACAUGAUACGAUACCAUCAAACCUUCAAAGCAUUUCAGCGCAGUGGGCCUCCACGGUAUAUCUUUCAAUGCACACUGUACACACUAAGUAUGAGAGAGAGCGAGAGGUGUGUUUAUAUGGAUGCUAAUGACUCAGAUAACACCUUUUGUAUUUACUAAUAUUUCCUUUAUCUACAUAAAACAAUGUUUCAUUUGCCUGCAAAUGUAUUUAUAGAAUUUCAUAUUUAUAAAUUAUAUACACAGUAGUUACAGCAUAUUUACCUGUGUGCAAAAUAAACAAAUGAAAAUGUGUAGGUUGCAGUUGUUUAUAUAUAAAUAAAUAACUGCGUCUCUACCUGCUUUGAGUCUAGCUUUUACCAUUGGAUUGUCCCUCAGGGACAAUAAAGAUUUAUUCAAUGGAAUCCCUGUGGCUGAGCCCAGAUAAGAAAGUCCCGGUCGGCUGCAGUCUGAAGUGUUUUGAGAGCAUAGCGACUGGGUUUCCAGACAGAUGGCACAGGAGGGGUGAGGAGAGGACAGGAGGGCAUCCUCUCAGAGCUAUAAUAAAAUAGCUGGAAGAGAGCCAUGGUUGGAGACAGACAAUACUGCAUUUGCAUACUGUUGUAAUGCCCUCUUUUCACCACACGGUGACAGCACCUAAUCAUCAAAGCUCUUGCUCUCAUUGGAGUUAGGAGUUAAAGUGAGGACACAGGUCUUCUGUUGAUGGAGAGAUACCAUUGGGUGAAGGCCUUUGUUCCAGCCAUGAUUCAAUUGAUUAACAAAUAAUGAAAACCUGGUGGGGUUGUAGGGAGAGAGAGAAAGACAUAAAUAUGGAGAUGGAUAGAUAGAUGUCAGGACAAGUCAACUGGAGGAGGAGAUAGAGAGGCAUACAGAGAUGGAUGGAAAUAAAGGGAGAUUCCCAGACGGGUGAAUGCAGCCGCAGGAGUGAAAGAGAGUACAAUAGGGGGACAGAGAAGAAGAAGAUGAAGAAGAAGUAGGUGGAGGAAAAGGAGGAGGCUGGUGUGGGGUGUUUUGCUCCGAGUCACAGUGCUGCUAGUCUCUUUGCCUGUUACCAUGGGAACCCAGCUGCAGUGCUUGCUGGAGUCGUGCUGGUCUGUCAGCCGGGAAACGCUGUUGGGUUAACAGCCCUGCUCUUUGAGUUCGAAUGAGUUAGACUUUGUCAAAAUAGUCAGGAAUAAACUCCAAACCAUGUUAAAAAUGGAUGCAGUGCGCCUAGGGGUGUUUAGUAUACAAAGUUGCUAGGCAGCUAACUAAUCACCCACUGGGCACAGAUGUCAGUUGAACGUCUAGUUUUGAUUGACAUUUGGUUGAGUUGUCAACUAAUGUGAAUUUAAAGUGAAAUCAAAAAAUGCACUAUGUCAUUGGAUUUAGGUUAAAAGUUGGGUGAAAAACAGACUGUAUGUUGAUGAUUUUUCCACAUUGAUUCAACAUCAGCACAUUUAUUUUUGGGGUUGAAAUGACAUGGAAACAAUGUUGAUUCAACCAGUUUUUGCCCAGUGGGCAGACAUUUACUGAAUUCCAAAUCAAUCUCCAGUUCUCCUCAACUCUCCUCCAGGCACUCCUUUAGUUCUGGAAGGUGCAUAUAGGAUUACAUGGUAAUUGCUUUACAUUGCUGUUUAAUUGGAUGGGUGAUAUUUUUCCAUACCCUAAGGGGCAGAGGUCGAUUGGGAUUUCAGUGAAAGUCUUCCAUAUUGUGUCUGUAAUUAUGCUUAAAGUCUCUGAGAUGUAGUGGGUCUUUCUGUCCAACAGGCCUGGGGGUUAGUUAGUGAUACAGUGAUAUGACCAAUAUGUUCUGAAUUCCCUGCCAGAGACUCUUAGCACACCAUAUCACAGCUCUCUCACAGCCCUCUCUUUCUAACUUCUGUAGUAGGCUACCCUCCCCCACUGGAACCAAGCAGGCCAGGGGGGUCAUAAACUGGCCCUUCACACCUAGGACCCUGGCCAACGAUUUGUUGCUAGGGGUCAUGGUUGCCAGGGGCCUUAUGACACUGUGGGGUCAUCACAGGCAGUCAGCUUGGGUCCCAGAUCACAAACUCAUGCCUCCCCCUCGGUCUACUUCAAGCAGUCACAGAGAGAGCAGCAAGCACAUCUCUGUCCUGCACAACAACUGCUGGACUCAUAUUUCUGAGCUUGUGGGAUGGUGUGCGUGCAGAGUGAGUUGUGCGAUAUUUGUAUAUUGUUCUUCGUAGUUGUUACUAUUGUUGUAUAAUGUCUUUGUCUAUAGCUGUAUUGUAAUAUGUCAGGUAGCAUAUAUACUGAACAAAAAUAUAAUAUAAAGUGUUGGUCUCAUG